AUAUAUAUGCAUGUGCAAGCUAGGGAGAACACCCAACAGGUGGUAGGUGAAAGUGAAGUAGGAGAAGAGACAGAACUGGGGAUAUAUAGUUAGAAACUUAUUGAUUUUUAGGGCGACAGUAAGUAAAAGCAUGGUGAGAUUUCAGUUGUUAACAUUUUUUAGACCUUGUUAUAUUGAAGUCCAUAUCAACCCCUAUUAGUAACUGGCUAAUUAGGAAAUACCAUAUCUAUGAUAAGAUUAGUGUUUGGGAUGAAAAUACUUUUACUCAGCAAGUUAUUUCCAUUGUGAACGCAGUACGAUGAGCGUCGAAGGCCUGAUGUAGGCAUAAUGAGGAACAAACUAAUCUUACCUUAGACCUAGGAACAUGCUAGACAUUAGGAGUUAGUGGAAGUGUGGAACUCAUCACUCAUGGUUCAGCAUCAUAUCCCACAAACAAAAAAUUAACAGAAUAGAACAUAAUAAAACUAAUUAAUUAAUAGACCCACUAAUUAAAACAUUACCAACUGGGGUUGGUGUGAGUGGUUAAGGGUCUCUCGCUCCUUAACCAAGGUCUCGGAUUCGAGUUUGGGUAUUGAAAAAAUCCCAGUGGGGAGGGAUGCUGCCCUUUGAAGUACCCAUGCAAACUCCUGCAGGAGAUUAGUCCACUCGCUGAAGACGGUGGAAAUCUCCUCGCAGUAAGACAAAAAAAUCACUAACUAAAACAUUCAACACUAAUCCACAAAUUUCAACGAUUAGGACCAUAUCUUUUUAUCUGUCCAUAACAUACAAUGUGAAUGACUUUAAUUAAAUUUGAAGACAAGGAAAGGAUAGGACAAAUACAUUGAAUUUACGAAUCACUGGUAGCGUUUUUGUCAAAUAAAUACCUACCUGAAAAGUUUUCUUGAUCACUAUAUAUCUAUGGCUUUAUGCAUAUUAGGUACUUAUGCCAUAAAACUCCAAGUACUUGGGGAAAACAAAAAAAAUCAGCUAAAACCCUUCAUCUCUGAUACAAAAGUGAAAUCAUAUCAGACAUGAAUUUCAGCUUCCCUUGUUUGCUUAUCUAUUUCUUAAGCCUGAUAUAUUCCACCAUACCUGAUGAUGUAGAUCGUGUUGCUCUCUUAGCGAUUAAGUCUCAGAUUAGUGAUGACCCUCAUGGUAUUUUAAACUCAUGGAAUCACUCCCUUCCGGUAUGUCAGUGGUAUGGUGUCACUUGUGGAACCAGGCAUCCUGACCGAGUUGUGAGCAUCCGUCUUGUCUCCAAAGAUUUGGUUGGAACUGUGUCACCUUAUGUAGGAAACUUGAGUUUCCUUCACCAUUUCUAUCUAACCAACAAUACUUUUACAGGCCACAUACCAUCUCAAAUUGGUCAUCUUCUUAGGUUAAGAUAUCUUGGUUUAGAGAAUAACACCUUUGAAGGAGAAAUCCCGGCCAACAUAUCUAACUGUAUCAACCUCAAGGGACUUGGUCUAGCAGGCAACCAUCUUUUUGGAGCAAUUCCACAUCAACUUGGCCUCCUGUCUAAGUUAGAGGUUUUAACAAUUCAUAAAAACCGACUUACAGGGGACUUAAUCAAUUCCGUUAUUAUAAAUAUGACUUCCCUGCAAAGAUUGUCUGCCUCUUAUAAUUACUUUCAAGGAAGCAUUCCAAACAAUAUUGGAGCAACUUUAAAAAAUCUAACUUUUUUUAGUGUUGGAGACAAUAAGAUUUCAGGUACUAUUCCUCCUUCAUUUUACAAUCUUUCUCAUCUUCAAGUAUUUGAUAUAAGUAUAAAUCGAUUCGAGGGAAUUCUCCCCUUAGAUAUUGGGUUUCGAUUUCCUCGACUCACCAUCUUCUCCAUAGGUGAGAAUUUUUUCCAUGGAAAUCUGCCAUCCUCUCUUUCAAACCUUACUCAACUUGUGGAACUAAGUGUCUAUUCUAACAAUUUUACUGGGAAAAUCAUGUUUAGUGCUGGAAGCAUGCCCAAUUUGUUAUACUUUGAUGUUUCCUUCAACUAUUUAGGGAUAGGAGAAGCGGAUGACUUAAGCUUUCUACAAACUCUUAUUAACUGUUCCCAUUUACAAUUAUUGCAAUGUUCUUCCAAUAACUUUGGUGGGAUCCUGCCUGAAUCUCUUGGUAACUUGACCACUGAACUCACUGAGCUAGAAUUUGGACAAAAUCAAAUUAGCGGAAAUAUUCCCAGAGGAUUAUUCAACCUCAUUCACUUAAAACGGCUAAACCUGGAACAAAAUCAACUGACAGGACAUCUUUCACCUUUAAUAGGAAUAAAAGUAACAGAACUACAAGCUUUUAACUGUAGGAAAAAUAAUCUCAUUGGAAACAUCCCUUACUCGUUGGGAAACUUAUCGUGGUUGAGUUGGCUUUAUUUGGGACACAAUAAGUUUGAAGGAAUGAUACCCACAAGUCUAGGAAACUGUACAAAUUUGUUAUAUUUGUCACUUACACAUAACAACCUUAAUGGAGCUUUAUCUCCUCAUCUAUUUCAUGCUUCAAUGCUAAUUGAGCUAAAUUUGCAUCAAAACCGUCUACAAGGAGUUAUCCCAGUAGAAAUCACUCAACUGAGCAAUUUAGUGGCACUCGACAUAUCAGAAAAUGCCUUCUCUGGGGAGCUUCCUACAAGCCUUAGUGGUUGUACUAGCCUUGUUAGCCUAUCGAUGGGAGGGAAUUUGUUCAGUGGAAAUAUUCCUCAAUCUUUCAAGUCUUUAACCAGCCUGAGUUUUUUAAAUUUAUCUAAUAACAGAUUAUAUGGUGUGAUACCAGAUUUUUUGGCUAGAUUUUCAUUGAUGGCACUAGAUUUAUCUUUUAAUAACUUUGAAGGCGAGGUCCCUAGAAUUGGUGUUUUUUCAAAUUAUACCGCCCUGAAAAUUUUGAGGAAUAACAAGCUUUGUGGAGGGAUUCCUGAGCUUCAUUUGCCAAGAUGUCACAACAAUACUACCGAAACAGAAUCUAAAAGGACUGGUAGAUUGUCUGUUGCCGUGACCGUGAUAAUUGUGGUAGCUUCAUUGAUUGUCGGUGUGUCGACAAUGUCAUUAGUAUACUUCCUGCUUUGUUUUAGGAGGAAACAAAACAAGCUAUCUCAGAUAUCAUCGUUUAACCUGAAAGAGCCCUUCUUUAAAGUAUCUUAUGCCAUGCUUCUAAAAGCAACAGACAGAUUUUCUCAAGCAAAUUUACUGGGUGCUGGACGUUUUGGUUGUGUUUAUAAAGGAGUUCUUGAUCCUGAGAGCAGUAUGGUUGUGGCUGUUAAAGUUAUCAACCUUGAAGAAGAAGCAGCUACAAAGAGUUUCAUGGCGGAGUGUGAAACGCUGAGGAAUAUCCGCCAUAGGAACCUUCUUAAGAUUGUCACCGCCUGCUCGAGUGCUGACUUUCAAGGCAAUGAAUUCAAGGCACUGGUUUACGAGUUCAUGCCAAACGGAAAUCUUCAACAGUGGAUUCACAUCGACCAUCAUCACAGGCCUUUAAGCCUCCUUCAAAGAGUAAACAUUGCCAUUGAUGUGGCAAGUGCACUGGAUUAUCUGCACAACAGCUGCCAAGUCCCCAUAAUCCAUUGCGACCUCAAACCAAGCAACAUUCUACUCGACGCUGACAUGGUUGCCAAUGUUGGGGACUUUGGGCUAGCCAGAUUUUAUUCACAUACAAUUGCAAAUAACAGUAGUUCAGUUGCAGUGAAAGGGACAGUUGGAUAUGCUGCUCCAGAGUAUGGUCUAGGAAGCAUGGUAUCAAAGGAAGGCGACAUUUAUAGUUACGGUAUUGUGCUGAUAGAGAUGAUGACUGCCAAAAGUCCCAUUGAUACAAUGUUCGAAGGAGAUUUAGACCUGCAUAAGUAUGCAAAAUCAGCAGCAUUGUCUGAUCACAUUGACCCAACGCUCCUAGAUGAUGGUGUUAGUGCAAGCAAUAAGAUUGACAGAAAACUUGGGUGCAUAAAGUCUGUCAUUGAAAUCGGAGUAAAAUGUUCUGUGGAGUCACCACAAGAUCGAAUGAGAAUUGAAGAUGUCAUUGAAGAGCUACAAAUAACUAGGGAUGUCCUCAAUGAGCUAGAUGUUACAGGCAUAAUGCAAAGCAAGAAAUGACUUUGCUAGGUAGCUGAGGUAUAUGAGAUAUCAACAUAAAACCGACAAUGAGCGUUGCACUUAGCAGCAGUUGAAGUUUUUGGGGCAGCUAAAGAGGAAGGAGGAACAAGGAUAAGAUCCUCAGCACCACUUAUCAAACUACUGCUCCCCCAACCCCAACCCCCACCCCCACCCGCCAACCUUUACUUUAUGUGUAUGUUUUACUGUGUAAUUCAUUAAUAGUGGUGAAUCAUAAGAACAAUCACGCAUUUGUACUCUCGAGUCAGGUACCAAUGCAACUUUCUUACCAUUUCGGAAAGAUAUAAUAGAGGGAUAUUCGACCAUGAUAGGCAAAAUACUUUGAAUAGAUAUAGAGUUUCGUUGUACUAUGUAAGUUUUACAAAAAUUACGAGAGAUAUUUUUGUAAUAUAGGUGCAGGAUUACCUUUUGCUUUUUUUUUUUAUACUCUUUUGUUUUUUCUUAAAACCAUUUAGUGAAACAGCAAUCUAUUUUCAGUUUUCAUACAUUCAUGGUAGCUGGAUUUACACUAGUGCAUAAUUGGCCUAAAAGUAUCACCCCAAAAGUGUUACUUAAAGGCCUAAAAGUAUUGCUUUAGGUCAUAUGUAACACUUUUGUAAGUGAAACAUCUGCCUGUACUACCUAUUCUCUAAGGUAACACUUUCCAAUACUAAUGUUUCACUUUCUCAAGUGUUACUCAAAAUUCUCUAACGUAACACUUUUUUCAAUCUAAUGUAACAUUUUUACAGUGUUACUAAUAAUGUUUUAUGUAACACUUUUUCGUCCAUAGUAGCAUUUUCUAUGUCAUCUCUUGACUUAUAGUAACACUUUGUUAAAUAUUAUGUAUCAUUUUAA